UUCAAUUAAGCCAUCGACGGUUAAAUUCGGUUGCACAGGUUUGCUCAUUUUCUUCACCUUGUGAGUGUGUUUCCAUGUUUUCGGUGAGAGUAGGCGGGGUUACCACUUUUGUGUGCACAUGAUGCAUAAAACAUAUCGUGGGGGCCGACGCUGUAGCGUGUGUGCGUGUGUGUGUGUGUGUGUUUACACCUGCUCGCUGUAGUAGUGCAGCCCUUCCCGACACCACGCACACGGGCGACACAUGAGUGGGCAGGUCCAUGAGUGCUCGCGUCGCCGCCCAAUCGGCGCCGACUAAGGCAAUCACUGGCUGCGAGCUUCAGCCAAUGACGCCGCGCAGCCGCCGGGACGGCAGCCAAUGGGAUGCGCGCAAAACGUGGGCACGUGGAUCGGCGCACAUGUUGACGCUCGUAAACUGGCGAGAGAAGCAGAGUCACAGACCGAUGAUCGGCUGGACUGCGAGUGUGAGUCUGUGCGUGUCUCUGUGUGUGUGUGUCUGAGAGCUGACUCUGGACGCCCCGAUGCUGCUCCAGCUCCGGAGUGGGUAUUGACGGAUCGGUCGCAUCAAAGUAGGAGAAAGAGCCGUCAUCGAUCGUUUUUGGCAGCCGCCGUUUUCAUCCGAUAUUACCGAAGCGAUGCAGUCCCAGGGCAGCACCUCCUCCCAGCCCUCCUUCGACUCCCUGAGCUCCAGCGACAGCCUCCUGUUCAGCGACUCGGAGCAGGCCGAGGACGACGCCGACGUCUUUCUGACCGACAGCUCUUCCUCCGUCAUCAUCGGCCAGGCGGGCGAGGCCGUGGGGGAUGGGGACCGGGCGUCGGAGAGCCCCGGCUCCCAGUGGACGUGCGACGGCUUCACCGACAAGGAGGAGGAGGACGGGUCGUACAGGUCGGGGAGCGGCGGCAGCAAAGCGGCCCGCAUCGGCCUGGGUGAGGCGGACCCUACGGGCCAGCUCCCAAAGUCACAGGGAGAUCUGCUGUUUGCUCAGAAGUGUGCUGAGCUACAGGGUUUUGUCAGGCCCCUUCUAGAGCUGCUGAAUGGACUGAAGAGGGGCCGAUUCGACCGAGGUUUGAGUAGUUUCCAGCAGAGCGUUGCCAUGGAUCGAAUCCAGAGGAUUGUGGGUGUUCUGCAGAGGCCCAACAGUGGGGAGAAGUACCUGAACACUCUGCUCCAAGUGGAGAUGAUGUUAAAGGUCUGGUUUCCUCAGAUCUCCGCUCAGCCUGCGUCGGCAGCCAGCGUGGCCGCGUCCCCCGCUCGCUCUUCCAGCUCCACCCCGCCGCACAAACACAGGGAUCAGUUACACAUUCCUGUCAAGAAACGCAGACUCAGCUGGACAGGCACGGACUCCCCCGAACCUCCCCCCUUACUUGUCAAGUGCCCUCGUGUCAGGGCAGAAGGGAAGAGUGUGGAUCCAGAUGAAAGAGGGGGGCCUCCUCCUUCUCCGUCACUGGCGUCCGACUCAAACCAGAGAUCGGCAGAUGUGGCCGGUAACAGCCAGCUGCACGGCGGCACAAAGGAAAAAGACACUGACAGCGAGGAACCGGGCAAGCUAUCAAAGUACAAAGCAGGUCAGAGCUCUGAGCCGAGUCUGACGUGGGUGCACGUGGCGCCCAUUCCGUCCCCGCGAAAGGCCUGCCUCGCGCACGAGGGCGCGGCGGCAGUGGGCAACGGUGAAACGACACCCAGCAGGAGGUGCAGCCCGGCCACGCAGGACAGCUCCAUCUCUUCCACCACACCCCACAAAAGCCCGAAAAACCCCAAGAAGCCAACCCGGUGCCAAAGCCAGCCUGUUGCCGGACAACAGAGUGAGAGCGCUGAGACGAGCCAGGGUCAAAGCCUCCAGCCUCCUCACGUCACACUGAAGCCUUUGCCCAGGGUGUGCCCGACCACCUUAGAGACCUGAUGCACCGAGCACACAAAGAGCCAGCAGCCGUGCUUUGUUACACCACCGGGAUAAAAGCCGCGGCAGCAGGAAAGAAGGGAAGGGGCGACAGGCUUGUGAUUAUAAAUGCAUUAAAGAGAGGAAAGAAUUAUUGGCGAUAGAUGUUGGAUCAAACAUAACCCCUCAUCAUGACCACAUAAAACAGUUAUUAAAAACGGGACAAAAACCGUUACAGUGAAAUCCAUCAAAGAACAAUGUUCAAAAGUGGUUCUGUUUGAAGAGGAAAGGAAGACGCGACACGGAGAAAUAUUUUACGGUUUGCGGGAGUAAUGACCAAUAAGAGAGACUCUGACGAAUACUGGGGAGGUAAAAUUCCUCCUCAGCAUUAAAGCAAUCAAUAUAUCCUGAGAUGGCUUUUUUUCACCAGGCAUCUAAUGUGAAGGACACACACGAGAGAAAAGCUGAUGUCAAUAUUAAGAACGAAAGCUUCCGGUGUUUAUUGUGGUGAGGUAGUUAGGAUUCAAUCGAGAGUGAGCAGGAGACUUUACAUCCACGUGUAGAUAGAGGCUUGCAGAGGGAGGGGGGGGAAUAAAAGUGAAAAAUCUCCUUUAGCUUGUGAUGUGAGAAAUGCCGUGUGCUAGAGUCGACAGAGACGGCGGAGAAAUGAUGUCACUUCUCACGAAUGUAAUCCACGAAUUGUUGUGGCACUCGUUUGGCAAAUCAGAGGGGGCCGACGGGAGUGACAUCCAAGUGAUCGCACAGCUUCUCCUGUCUGGUCCCCCGAAAGCAAUCAGUGUCAUGAAAAUCCAAGAAAGACUAUAAAAAGACCAGCUGGAAACGGGGAAAUAGAAAAUAAAAAAAAUAAAUAAAAAAACAGAAAACAACGACCACUCAAAGACAUGUGACUCUUGAGUCCACACAGUUAAUUUAUUCAUGUGUUGCUCUGACAUUGCAUCUAUUUAUUGUAUUUAUUUAUUGGGCAGCUGAUGAUCGCCUGCUGUGCUCUCGCAUAGGUCGGCAUUUUCUUUUUCUUUUUUCUUUCAUUCAUUUUUUUGAUUUUGAUUUUUUUUAGGAGAUUGGAAAGAUGCUGUUGACAUGUGUUUGAGUUUUUUUUAAAACAUUUUUUCUAUCAAGAGGAUGGGAAAAAAAGAAGUGAAAUCUUAUGAUUGGACGACUGGACUACCGUGCCUUUUACCAAAUGGGAUGUGUUCAGAAAAGCAUUCAGUGCAUUCAUACGGCAUUUUGAUUGUUUGUUUGUACUUCGCAAAACAUCCAAUCACGAGAGCCUACAUGUAGCCCUUCUAAAGUCACACACACACUAACACAGCACUGAAACCACGAAUACUAUGUGAAAGUCUAUGACUGCAACCAACGGUGUCCGUCGACCGUCUUAGCGCUGACGGUCGAAUCCAACCUACCUGCAUCUCCAGCUACUGCUACACACACACACACACAAACGGCAGUGGCUACUGGACGUAACGGAGCAUCCGAGUGUAGCCUUCCUCUGGGACUUUUCUUCUGAUCACUGGAGGAACAGACCCAGCUGCACUUACAGCUGGUGCUCUUGAAAACUUGAAAGAAAAAAAAAAAGAAAAGAAUAUAUAAAUGUAAGGGAGGAAAUCUUUUCUUUGCGCCACCCUCUACCGCUGCUAUUGUAAAUCCAGCUCUGAAUUAGAUGCGUCAUAGGAGAAUAUUCUUCUAAAUGAGGGAGGGGUUUCCGCGACCCGAUUGGAUUCACCUAUACAUGCGAGAUUGCGAGACGCGUUGUAAAUAUUUACACUCAGAUAUUUUUGAAUUGGUGUGAGAGGCUCGUAAGCCAGAGGGGUGGGGGGAGAGAUAUCCACGCAGCGGACUCCUCUGAUUGAAAAGCACCACGUGUGAACACAGAGCCGCUGGCAGCCACCGUGAUACUGCCUAUGUUUUUUUGGGGUACGGUGCGCACAAACUCUCAUCCACAGAUCCAGGCGUUGGGGAGGGGAGGGGGGCGGCGAGCGUGUCCUGUGACUGGAUGCCGACUCCAGAUCCAGGGCCGGGGGCCACCCCUCUCCUGUUUUUAUACGGUUGUGGUAUGACAGAGAAACCAAUUGCACUUAUUUUUCAUUGUUUGUGUCCUUUUUCAUGUAUGUUUUCUACUGCAGCGACCACUGCUGAUUGGUCAGAAAUCAUGAUGUUUAUUUUAGCUGCCUUCUUCUUAUUACAUUGUAAAGCCGACUAGUUCCCUUCCCCCCACUCCGCUACACCCGUCUGCCCUCGCCUCCUCUCCUUCACCCCCCUCCCCAAUCCUGUUAGUAUCAUUUCUUUUCUAAACUCUUUCUCCGAACCCAUCUUUACGCGGUAUUACUCCCCCGUCUUUUUUUUUCUUCUUUUUUCAAUAAUGAGACAAAAGAAACAAAAAAAAAUCUUUUAAUAAAUGACACACUUUUGAAAGCUGAA